CGCAACGUGGCAGCACUAGUGUUAGGAUUAGGAUAUAGUAUGGAUACUUGAGAUAUAACCAUGUCCAAGUCUUCCAGUGGCAAGGCAAAGGAAACUUUGCCUAACAAAAUCAAGAAUCUCCUUGGUAUCAGCAAGGGAACAGCAAGCCCUGUGGCUGGGGCCAACCCACUAAGGACAACUGAAUUUUUCUUCACUAGUGAGGUUUUGCGGGAGCUAUCUUCGGAGAGUCCUACCAGUGUGCGGUUGAAGAAACUGACUGAAAUAUGUGAAAUUGUGCAGACCAAGAAACUUGAAGAGAAUGCGAUCGAGGUGUUGUGGCUGACCGUGGCUGACCUUCUGUACGCUCAGUCACCGCAGGACAGCCGUAGUCUCUCUAUGCGCUUCCUACAGUGCCUCAUCGUUGGGCAGUACGAGGAACUAGGUAUCAUGAGAGCCUACUUCUUCAAGGUCAUUCAGGACCAUGACGUAGCUGAGGACGUGGUGCCCAGGUUUGAUGCAUUCAAAGCCCUGUGUGAUGUGGGCAAAGAUGUGUACAACUUUGAGGAGGAGGUUGGCUCAUUCAUUCUUGGCUGGAUGGGCGAUGUCAUGCGUACUUCCUGCAUCAAGGACUUCUUGGCAUUACUCGUAAACCUAGUCAAGUACAACGCAACGUAUCUUGACCAGGACAUCGUUUCUGGAAUUGUACACCAUACUUGUAACCACAUCUGCUGGACAAACAGCCAGGGAGACAUCGAGAUGUGUAUAAAGGUUCUGGACGCCAUCGUCUGCUACAGCUACCUGCCAACCGAUUCGCUCUCUCACUUUAUCAACACCCUGUGCACGACAGUUAACAUUAGCAAGGAGGACCUGUGUAAGGCCAGCUGGGAGCUCAUGCGGAAGCUGCUAGGAACUCACCUGGGACACAGCGCCAUCUACACCAUGUGUCGCAUCCUGCAGGAUCCAGGCAAUCUACAGAGGACGGGGCUUCUUCGUGGAGCGGUCUUCUACAUCGGUAUGGCUCUGUGGGGACAUAAACGCGUCGAAUCGUUGAAGAACUCGCCAUCUUCUGUGCUGCCGUCCUUCAAACAGGCCCUACAGUGUCAGCAUCAGACGAUUGCUUACGAGGUGCUACUCUCCGUGUCUCGCCUCGUGAAGAAAUACGGCAGCGAAUUACAGCUACUCACCUGGGAUCUUGUUAUGGACAUUGUGGAGAGAGUACUGAAGAUGAUAGAGAGUAAGGAUGUGAAGGAGGACAGCCCCAUGGCGAAGGAGCUGGCGAGGGAGCUACACGAGCUGCUGACCUGUGCUGAGGAGCAGAGCAUGCGCAGCGAGUAUGCGGGUGACCCGGAGCGGCUGUAUGACUGCAUCGAGCAGUGCUACACGACCAGACCUGAAGAGUCUGUGCUGAGGCUGAUCAACCACCGCGCGCAGUACAUACAUCCGAUGACUGAGGGCCUGGAUCGUGCAGUCUGGCACAGCCAUAGCAGAAGCUUACUUCGACAAUGGAGAACGUCAGCAUCAUGUGCUCGGUAUGUCAUUGCUGCUGUAUCGUUCGUGCACCGCGGGAGCAGCAGUGCUGACAUAUGUCAAGCCUAUGAGUCGUUUGUACAGGUGCGUAGCAUGCCCAGUGUGAACACUAUUUGUCAACCUCUACGGAGGUAUGUCGAUCAUCCUGUAGUCGUUUCGCUGCAGGAGGACCUGCCUGGAGAAAUAGCUGGCCUGCCGCUUCCUUGUCACACAUCGCAGGCGCGCGACCAGAUGACGUCGCCGUACGCUAACAUGGCCGUCGUGCGUGCUGGUCGAAGUCUGCCCGCAGGCCUGAUCAGUCUAAACGUUGCUCUGCACCUGCUGGGACAUUCCAUCAACAAUGUUGUCUUUGUCAAGUUGUGGGUAGCCACGGCAGAAUGUGGAUAUAUAACCAGGCGCGUCAAGAUGGGUCUGACGGUGUGGCAGAUAUGCAUGCGGCCGUUCGAGAACCGCGUGACAAGCUUCGCGAUGCAGCCGAACGCCGACGCUCCGCCGAUCUUCAAACCGCCGCUCUCCGAAGCGGACCUCGCCGACGUGAAGGCCGCUGUCGUCGGCGUCAUCGACAUCUUCAUCGCGAAGUACGCGCGUCUGCCGUCCGCGCACGCCGUGAAGGCGUUCGAGCUGCUCGUGGGGUUCAUGCAGGGGUCGUACGCGGCGCCUCUGACCGCGUCGCCGACGCUCGCAGCGGCGCGCGGAGCCGUGCUGCGCCUCUUCUGCAGCCUGCGCAGCGACACGCUGCACCGCGUGUGUGUCGUCGCGCCGGACGGGGACGCGCGAGCGAGUCCCUACCUGCUGUGUCACGCGGAGAAGGCGGUGGCGGCGGGGGGGACGCACGGGACGGCGUCGCCCGCGGGGCCGCGGUCCCCGACCGUCGUCGCCGCGUACGACCGCUGCCGCACGAAGACGAUGAGCGUUGCCGCGGUGAUGGCGGUCGUUGUGCAGUGCCUCGCGAGCGAGCACGAGUGGUCGGUGCUCAGCGUCGUUCUCGGCAGCCUCCCCGCCAUCCUGCAGAACAAGUCCUUCGUGCUCGCGACCAACGCCAACUUCGAGUUGCUCUGCGGGAAGCUGGUCGCCAUGGCGACCGACAAGCGGCUCGGCUACCCGGACGUGCUGCGCGGGCUCCCGCCAAAGUUCAGCCGCUCAGAUUUCCAGGGCUUCGUUUAUCCGAUUCUGGCAGCACUAGCAUCGUACCAUGCUUACGUUGACAAGCCACUACAGGUGACGCUCAUCAAGAGCCUCGAGGAGGGGAGGCUCUCGAAGUGCGCGUGCAUGUGCGUGAACGCAAUCAUCGUCUGCAUGCUCGAGAUGCAGGAGACGAUGAUGCGCCAGCUUCCCGAAGUGCUGCUGAAGCUGUCACCUGAUCUUUUUAAUUCUGACAUGUCGUCGGGUCGUCUUCAGGUGACGCUCAUCAAGAGCCUCGAGGAGGGGAGGCUCUCAAAGUGCGCGUGCAUGUGCGUGAACGCGAUCAUCGUCUGCAUGCUCGAGAUGCAGGAGACGAUGAUGCGCCAGCUUCCCGAGGUGCUGCUGAAGCUGUCUCAGAUCUCCGCGACGCGCGCCAUCGCGAUCCCGAUGCUUGAGUUUCUCGCCUGCCUCAUCCACCUGCCGCGGCUCUACGCGAACUUCGUCGAGGAGCAGUACAUGAGCGUGUUUGCGAUCGCGGCGCCGUACACGAACCCGGCGAAGUUCAGCCACUACACGGCGAGUCUGGCUCACCAAGUCAUCGCGCUCUGGUUCAUCAAGUGUCGCAUCAUAUUUCGCAAGGACUUUGUCAGGUUUAUCACCAAGGGUCUGAAGGCGAACGUACUGCUGCCCUUUGAGGAGCAGGCUAAGUAUGAGAAGUACAGCGAUCACGCGGAGGAGGUCACCAGGCGACCUCGCAGUGGCAGCUUCAUCUCUGAUGCUAAGGAUGCGAAGGCCAUCAGUCCAACUCCCAUCAGGGAGCAGCAGAAACCGAUCGUAGAUGAAGCCAUGUCCAACUUUCACAUGGAGCUUACGGAGACCUGUUUAGACAUGAUGGCUCGAUACACGUUUGCCCUGUACUCCUCCCAGCCACAGCGGUCCCCCGUAGCGCAAUUCUUGCUCGAUGGCGGUCAGAACAUGACAUGGUUGGUCGGCAACAAACUGGUUACCAUAACGACCAGUGGCGGAUCCUUGAAGAUGUCUAAACAGGUUACAGACCGAGGGCUAAUCACAGGUGCAAGGAGACAGGUGGAGAGAAUAAUAGCACCAGCGAGAGCAGAGCCUAGCUUUAGAUUGCCAUCGAAAAGAUCCAGUGACGAUUCACUUGUGCACUUGCAAAAAGACCAUGCAGGGUCCCGUGGAGCCACAGCUGCCCAUGCUAAUGAGAGUGAUGCAAGCUUGAGGAUGCGCCAGCGUGGCCACACCGUGUCCGUGAUGGGAGGUCGCAGGGCCUACCAGAUGGCAAGACGCAUGGAGAAGCCACCAAUGGCACCACUAGUGCAACCGACUCAAACAAGCGGAAUUAACCCAGCAUUUGUCUUCCUGCAGCUGUACCACAGCGCGUAUUUUAUGGACAACAAUGAGCGCCCUCUAUUGCUGCCUCACGGCGACGUGAAUAAUCGCGCAGUGAAGAACCUUGAUCGAAUACCGCCCUACGAGACGCACAAGAUCGGAGUGCUGUACGUGGGAGCAGGUCAGGUAAACGAUGAGGCGGCCAUCUUGUCUAACGAGUACGGCUCGUCUCGUUACGCCAAAUUCCUCGAGGGACUCGGUGAGCUGACGCAUCUGAGACGUACGAACCCCGAUCACACAUUCCUCGGCGGUCUCGAGACGGAUGGAAGCGACGGCGAGUUUGCCUACAGCUGGCGGGACGACAUCACGCAAGCUAUCUUCCAUGUGGCGACACUGAUGCCGAAUAAAGCGUCAGAUGUGUCGUGCAAUGGCAAGAAGCUCCACAUAGGCAACAACUUUGUCUCUAUAGUCUACAAUGACAGCAAUGAGCCAUACAAGACUGGAACUAUACGGGGCCAGUUCAGGUUUGUAAGCAUCAUUAUCAAGCCCCUUGAUCAUGAGAGCAACAUGGUGUCUGUCUGUGCAAAAGAAGAAUUGUCUGAGAUUGGCCACGGAGAACCGAAGAUUAUUUCAGAUCGGCAUCUACCCAUACUCGCCCGCCAGCUUGCCCUACACGCUGAUCUUGCCUCUAAAGUAUACCAGAGUCAGCAAUUGUCCCACCAUGACAUCUACGCGUCCAAGUGGUUGGAAAGGCUGAGACAAAUCAAGCGCAUCCGUAGCAAGGUGCUUCAGGAAGGAUUCCCUAGUCAAGCAAAGCCAUCGGGAGAAGCUGGUGCGGGCAGCCAGAGCAGCAUUCGCAACAUAGAAGACUUCACAACGUAUCUGUAACUCGAAGCGUCGUCGGCACCCGAGAUUCGAACCCGUUUCAUAAACACUAUAACUAAAUCUUCUGAUCUUCGCCACGAUGUAUCGCUAAGAUGUAUCGACACUACAUAUGUGUGUGCUUUAUAUGAUGUGUGGCUAUUAGCUGAGCUGUUGCCUGAUAUGCUCCCAGUAGUGUCAGGAAGGAAAGGAUAUCCUAGUGCUAUUAAGUAAUGAAAGGAAAUUGAUAUGUGGCGUGCUUAUGGGUUAUAAUAAGGACCAGAGGUGGGAGUAGAGCGUUCGUUAUGUGUGGGGAAUCGGCUUGACCCUCUCUGUGGUCAAAAUCAUUGAUAAUCUAUUGAAACGUGUGAUUUUUACGCGUGUGUAAAUAUGUUGCCGAGUUGUUCCACUUGUAUAUGCAGCUUGCUUGCGGUUUGAUGUGAAGACGUACGUGUGAGUGAAGUUGAAAGUUUAUACAACGAGGGACUUUGUUUCUAUAUAAUGUUGCUGUAGGACUGCUACUACUAUAACCAUCCCUGAAAUGAUCAUAUUGGCUUGGAAAUAUGUGCGCAUUUGUUCAAUCUAAAGUUUUAAUAGAAUAGCACAGUGGAAAGGUUUCCUUAAAACUAUCGUAUAAAAUGGCCUUUUAUCACAAAUAGCCUAGGUCAGGGGUGUGCAAACUGCGGCCCGCGGCCCGCAUGCGGCCCUCUACGGGGUUCUGUGCGGCCCGCGGAAGCCUGCAGCAAAUAAA